AUGAGCAACAAAGUAGUUUCAUUGACAUUCCGACACAUCAUCGACGAUGUGAUCGCGAAUGUCCGCCAAGACUUUGAAGAUAUGGGCAUCGAGAAGGAGGUGCUCGAGGAGCUGCAGCGGUCCUGGGAGGCGAAGCUCGUUGCGACGCAGGUGACCGAGUUCGACGGAGCCGGCGGCAGCUCGGCCGCACCGGGCGCGCGCCCGCCCGUGCAAUACACCACGACGCCAGGCGUGGAGCCCGCCACGGCGCGCAACACCCGGGUCAAGUCCGAGCCAAAAGACGACGCACAGGCCGACGAGAAAGAGAAGCCGGCGGCAGGGAAAAAGCGGAAGCACGAGGACGAGGACGAGGAGGCCAGCAACGAAAUUGGGUCCGACCUCGACGACUCGGAGGAGGAGGACUUUGAGGGGAACGAGGAUAUGAUGCUGUGUCUCUACGACAAGGUCCAGCGCGUAAAGAACAAGUGGAAGUGCGUUCUGCGCGACGGCGUCGCCUCUAUCGGCGGCCGCGACUACCUCUUUUCCAAGUGCAACGGCGAGUUCGAGUGGUAG